GUUUCCCAGAUGCGCAUGCACUCCUAGGCAUACAAUCCGACUUUCUCUUACCGUUCAGACCUUGGUUUCGUGAACUGGUGCCUUGCUGGUAUCUACAAGCGUGCUAUCUCCAGGAUACCAUUCACACCAGGGGUUCACACCUUUCCGAUAGCUGCAGUACUGGAAACAUUGGUAGCUCCGGCUUCACGCAGGGGAAACGGAUCGAGCAACGAUCAUGAUAUCGUCAAAGACUCUGUUCUUGGGCGUGCAUACCUCCAAUGGUAUAAUAAGGAAUCUAUUCCUGCCGCUGUGCCACCUUCUCCUCUUCAGUCCUUUUGCGUUGCUCGCUCUGAGGCAUUAUCGGCUGGAUCAACAGAUCCUUGAACACGUACCGGAGGACUAUAAGACUCCGGAUAUUUGGCCACAGGUUUUCAUUGCCAUCAUUGCCGUACUGCUUGCUACGAGGAUCAUAUCAGGGUCUAAUAGUGGGCUUGGUAAGAUCGACGGGAAGAGGCGGGUACAACUCCUACCAUUCUGGAUCCCAGGCUUCAGGCACUGGGGUAAUCUGGUAUUCGGAGGCGAGACUUGGUUGAAGAGUGUUAGAGAGACUUCCAUCACCAAUGUUGUAGCGUAUAGUCCGUCUGGAAUGAAGCACAACAUCGUCCUUUCGGCUCCUUUCUUGGAUCUGAUAUUAGGUGCUUCUGCAUCCCUCGAAGAGGCCGAUCUCAUUAAAUGGACACUUAUGCACAACGCAUUUGGUUUGCCGCAAAAUGUGAAGAGCAAAUAUUUUCAAAUCCAUUCAGCGAUCGCCGAGGUCUGCGAAACUGAAGUCUUCAAAGGCGUGAAGCUUACGGAGCUCACCUCGACUUUCCUACGAAGUGUGUCCGAAGCUCUUCCCGACUUCAUCACGUUCAACUCGUCCCUUGUGGACCAAUUGCAAUGGGAGAGAGUGGCGAAUGUCGAACUCACAGACGGUACCGAAGAAGUAGAAUGCGACCUCUUCGCUCUCACCAAUGAGUUCCUUUGCAAGGUCAUCAUCCCCUUGAUCACGGGACCACAGUUCCCGGAAUCCUACGAUCUCCUAGCGACAGACCUCGCGGUCCUGAAUCGGUAUUUCUACGCACUCUCCUUGGGACUUCCCAGGUUUUUCCCGCUUCCUGGUCUUCCCGGAGCGAGCUUAGCGAAGAAGAGGCUGCUGCAGAAUUUGUCCCGGUUGUGUAAGGAUUUGACGACCCCUCCCCCGAAGAGGGAGAUUGCAGACGACGAAAGUGCAAGCGGAGAGGAGACGGAUGCAGAUACGCCGACGCCGCUCACGGCUUUGAACGAUCUCUUCUCUCAACAUGACCUCCCCAUGCAAGCACGCGCGGCCAUCACUUUGGAACUUCUUCACAGGAUCAUGUCAAAAGCAGUUCCCCUAGCUUUUUGGACGCUUCUACACAUCUACCGCCAAUCCUCCUCCGACGAACAAUCAACGCCUCUCCAGACCAUCCGCACCGAGACCUCCACCUGGGCACAAGCCAUCCAACCCCCUUCCAUCCAUCCCUCCUUCCCCGCUCCCCCGGCAAUAUCCUUCUCCUCGCUGUCACCUUGCUUCAACCCCUCCUCGCUUCCCUACCUCAGGGCCUGCCUCUUCGAAUCCCGACGGCUGUACAACGCCUCCAUCACCACGGCCAAAAUCACCAAACCCAUCAUCGUCACCGAUCCCAGCAGCACCAGCGCCGGAGGAGGAGCACCAUUCGAGCUCGAGCCUCACACACACCUUGACAUCGGCCUCUCCCAACGCCUCAUCAACAUUUCCACAGCAGAGUACCUCUCGCCUGAUGAGUGGAACCCCUCGCGCUCCACGUUCGCGCACUCUCAGGCGCCGGUCCCUCUAUCCGCGACCGUCUUUGACGACUCGGAGGAACUGGUUACGGCGAUGCUGCUCCCGUUCGUGGCGGGCGUGUGUCAAUUGUGGGAGAUUGGGGUGGCGCCGAAGAGGGGGUUGUGGGAGGAGGUCAUGGAGAAGCAGGCGGAGGCUAGCGGUGAAGGGGGGAAGGGAAAAGGUGGGAAGCGGAAAGAGGGUGUUUGGGUGGUUCCUGGAGCGGUGGAUGGGGGGAGCGUGAUGAUUCCGAAGGGGGAUGUGAGGGUGAGGGUUAGGCGGAGGGAGGGAUUGGAAAGGAAGAGGAGGGGGAUGUAGGGGAAUUCCUCGACUGCAGCUACUGCAGUGGGAUAUAUGGCUUGAUGCUGGAGAUUGAAAGAGUAUUUUGAGUAGGAGCAGCUCGGUUGGGGAAUGUAGGAUUGGCCAUGGGAAUGAGCUACCCAGCAACUUCCCACCAUGACUUUCUCUAUCCGCAGUUGUACAACAAACGACAUCUUCAUGAUGGAAGAUGGAAGCACACAAGGAUCUCCACAUCCAAUCUGGGCUUUGUAUUAGAAUAUUAGCAAGUCAAAACCCAAGUCAUCAUGUCAAACAUCC